AAGUGCGAUAGGACCCCCGUGUACCCAAGAAAGAAUGGAUACACACCACAGGGAACAAUAACAUAUGUGUACAGAAUGUGGUUGCUUACUGCCAAUAUUUUGCAGUCCUCUUUACUUUUGGAAAUGGGUUGUAUGGGCAAGUGUGAGAAGAACUAACAAUUACCUUGGAAACGUGUGAGAUGUACCAGUUUUCUUCUUCACCUGACAGUAAAUGGAAUACUAACAACGACGUCCUAAACGAAGAUGGGAACAAGUAACGCGCGCUAAAGUUUUUUCCCCUGCGCAUUUCACGUACCCACAAGGUGAAAUGCGGCGAGACGUUGGACAUAUAUUUCGCGCUUCUUCAGUGAGGACAAGAUGACAAGGAGAUAUGCUGAAUCAAGUAAACAUUCAUGACGAGAAAGCUGUUGGGAGAGUGGACGUUUUAAUGCAUGCGCAAAGCUCGUAAACGCCAUCGCAAACACCUGCCAAGCGGAGCAUGGAGCGUUCCAGUCAGUUCAAGCCAACGCCUGUCAUUGAGGAGUUACUAAACAUAUCCACGAAUGAUACAAAUUCAAACUUCACUUCCAAGCCUGUGGAAAAAGAUGCAACUAUUGCCUUCCAAGCAAGUGUUGCCAUUAUACUAGCCUUACUAACUUUUGCCACAACACUGUCAAAUGCAUUCGUUAUUGCAACAAUUUAUCAAUCGAGGAAGCUCCACACGCCAGCAAAUUUCUUGAUAGCAUCUCUUGCUUUUACAGAUCUGCUGGUUUCAAUUUUAGUGAUGCCUAUAAGUGCUCUAUACACAGUGAGUCAAACCUGGACGUUGGGGCAAGUUAUGUGCGACAUUUGGCUAUCCUCUGAUAUAACGUGUUGCACAGCUUCCAUACUGCACCUGUGUGUCAUUGCGCUGGACCGUUACUGGGCGAUAACUGAUGCUGUUGAGUACACCAAAAAACGCACCAACGCGCGCGCGGCUGGAAUGAUUGCCACUGCCUGGGUGAUCUCCAUUUCCAUCUCUCUACCUCCGUUCUUCUGGCGCCAAGUCAAAGCGGAGGAGGAGGUUACUAUUUGCGCCGUGAAUAGUGACCACGUUUUCUACACUAUUUAUUCCACUUUUGGGGCGUUCUACAUACCAACCCUUCUUCUGAUCGUAUUAUAUGGUAGGAUAUACGUAGAAGCGCGGAAAAGAAUCUUGAAACAGUCGCCCAAAAAAACUGGGAAGCGACUCACCUCGGCUCAUUUGAUUACUAACUCACCGGUAUCAGUGGCUUCAACCACAUCACUGAACUAUGGGACAAAUGAAACGUCUUCUUGCGAUACAGUUUCAUCAGCCAACGCCAAUCAGGUGAAAGUCACCGUCUCAGACGCUCUUUUAGAAAAGAAACGAAUCUCAGCUGCUCGAGAGAGGAAGGCAACAAAAACUUUGGGCAUCAUUUUGGGCGCCUAUAUCAUAUGUUGGCUGCCGUUUUUCAUCUACACACUCAUUUUAGGAAUGUGUACAACGUGCGUUUUUCAUAUUGAAUUAUUUGACGUUUUCACCUGGCUGGGCUACCUAAACUCAUUAAUUAAUCCUAUUAUUUACACCAUGUCCAAUGAGGAUUUUAAGAAGGCGUUUCAUAAACUCAUACGCUUCAGAUGUUACAGGGAGUAACCUUGCAGCCUCAAAGGAUGCUCACCAUGGUGACACCGUUUUUUUUUGUGUGUGUUUUUUUUAAUUAUUAUUUUUUUAAUCAUUGAUUUGAGUGGUUGCUGCUCCGAGGGCACAUCAGUCUGCAUCUGAAGCUUCACUACCUGCCAUUGAAACAUUACAUUGUUAAUAAUAAACAGGUAAACCGUAAUAUCCGUGCUGUUAAUUAAUGAUACAUGUGGAGAUAUCUUGGAUAGUAAAGACCCAUUCCAACAUAAAAUUUAAGACGACAAAACAUGCAUGUGUUUUAACCUAUGGAAAUGAAAUGCAGGCAGAUUAACAUCUCAUUGAACAAUUGCACUGUGUUUCUGGAAGUAUUCCUACACUCAAAAGAAGAAAUAAUCAAUAUGAAACUGGUUGGAAAAUAUGACAACCUUCAGCUGUCAGGAUGUGUGUAUGUGGGUGUUCCUGUCUAUAUGUGUCAGAGAGAGAGAGCGAGAGCGAGAGCUUUCUACUUUAAUCAGUGUUAAACCAAUUUGUCUUCACCAGUCUGUAUCAUGAAAGUUCAUAACAUUGUCAUAUGUGACAUGUACCCAUCUUGUAGCCUACAAAUCUUACAAAUAAUACUUUCUCAGAGAAGCAAAUGCAAAAAACACCCCCAGCCUAUGCUUGUGUUUAAAAGGCAUUUCUUGUGAUUAAAUUGAAUGUCUAUCUGUGAAAAGCAAAGUGAUCUCUUGACACCCAGUUUAAUCUGGGUGUCAAACUCAACAAGUCCAUAUAAGCAUAGUCAGCUGUAAGACAGCUUGCCAUUGCAGACGUGUGGCUGUGAUGAAACAGAUCUAUAUUCAGAUUAUGCAUUGCCACCUCGACAUUGAUUCCUCCCAGGCAUUUGAACUUUUAUCCAUAGGACUCUACACCACUGGGAUCGAUUCCAUUCUGCUGUUUAACAGAAUAAGCACAAAGAACAAGCAAUGGGCAGUGGUGAUCAAAUAUUGGUUUACAGCAGGGGUGGGAAACCUAUGUCUCGAGGGCCAUUUGCGGCCCUUGAAGCUGUUUUAUCCAGCCCCUGACAUAAUUUUAUUGUUAUGCAGCUUCAUGUGAAAUAUGACAUAUUUUGUAAAUGAAUCUUAGAAUUCCAUUUGCAAUACAAUUAAGCGAUAUUCAGGGGACCUAGAGAAGGUGG